GAUUCAAAAAUUUCUUCCAUGGAGCGUGGCCUCCGGGAUUUGGAAGAGGAGAUUCAGAUGUUGAAGUCAAACGGAGCUCUGAGUACAGAGGAACGUGAGGAGGAAAUGAAGCAAAUGGAGGUGUACCGUAGUCAUUCCAAAUUCAUGAAAAAUAAGGUAGAGCAACUGAAGGAAGAGCUAAGUGCCAAAGAGGCUCAAGGGGAGGACCUGAAAAAAAGAGUGGCUGGUCUCCAAGCCGAGAUCGGUCAGGUGAAACAGGAGCUGUCACGCAAAGACACGGAGCUGCUGGCCUUGCAGACAAAGCUGGAGACCCUCACAAAUCAGUUCUCUGACAGCAAGCAGCAUAUUGAAGUUCUGAAAGAGUCUCUUACAGCUAAAGAGCAAAGAGCUGCCAUCCUGCAGACAGAGGUGGAUGCAUUACGGUUACGUCUGGAAGAGAAGGAGACUAUGCUAAAUAAGAAGACAAAGCAAAUUCAGGAGAUGGCAGAGGAGAAGGGGACUCAAGCAGGAGAGAUCCAUGACCUCAAGGACAUGUUAGAAGUGAAGGAACGCAAAGUUAAUGUUCUUCAGAAGAAGAUUGAAAAUCUUCAAGAACAAUUAAGAGACAAGGAGAAGCAAAUGAGCAGCUUAAAGGAUAGAGUGAAAUCCUUGCAGGCUGACACCACAAAUACUGACACUGCCUUGACGACGCUGGAAGAAGCACUGGCAGAAAAAGAAAGGACCAUUGAGCGCCUGAAGGAGCAACGUGACAGAGAUGAACGAGAAAAACAGGAAGAGAUCGACAACUACAAAAAAGACAUUAAGGACCUGAAAGAAAAAGUCAGCGUUUUACAAGGAGAUCUCACAGAGAAAGAGUCAUCCUUACUGGAUCUGAAGGAACAUGCUUCAUCCUUAGCUUCAUCAGGACUGAAGAAAGAUUCAAGACUCAAGACACUAGAAAUUGCCUUGGAACAGAAAAAGGAAGAAUGUUUGAAGAUGGAAACUCAACUGAAGAAGGCUCAUGAGGCAACACUGGAGGCUAGGGCCAGCCCAGAGCUGAGUGACCACAUGCAGCAGCUGGAGAGGGAGGUCGCACGGUAUCGGGAGGAAUCUGGCAAGGCUCAAGCUGAAGUGGAUCGUCUUCUGGAAAUCUUGAAAGAGAUGGAAAAUGAGAAGAAUGAUAAGGAUAAGAAGAUCGCAGAACUGGAGAGGUGA